AUGAAUGCCUUGGCCGGCUACGGCAGCUCCAGUGAUUCGGACGCCGACGCGCCAGCUGCGGCACCCCCGGCGCCCGCCGCAGCCUCGACGCCGACGGCGCGGCACGACGACGGGUCAUCCCCGGCGCCUGCUGCAGCUCCCACGCCGAUGGCGCGGCACGACGAAGGAUUGUUAGGGGAGUCGGAGUCCGAGGACGAAGCCGAGGCCGCCGCGCCCGCCGCCGUUUCCACGAGCGGCCUGCCGUCGGCCGCGAGCCUGCUCGACGGCGGCGGCACGGCGGCGUGGCUCGCCAAGCCCGCCUGGGCCGCGGCGCCGCGCGAGCCCGACCCGGUCCCGGCGCGGCCGUCCGCGGCGGUCGCGGCCCGCGCGGCCGCGGCGGCCGGCGCGGCGCGCGAGGCGCAGGAGGGCGAGUACGGCCACGACAUGUACGAACGCUACGACCCCGCCCGGGGCUGGGUCGGCAAGCAGGCGUCGAACAUCGAGCACGACGACCUGCGCGGCUACGGCACGCACCUCGCCGCGGCCGGCCGGCGGCCGCCUCCGCAACAGCGCGCGGCGCCGCCGCCGCCGCCCAAACCGGCGGCGAAGCGCGGGAGCGGCGACCGCAGCGCCAAGCCGACGGGCAAGGAGCGCGUCAAGCAGCAGCGCCUCAACGGCCAGUCGGGCAUCGGCGACCACUUUCGGGUCUGGCGGUCGGAGGAGGAGAUGCGCAUGCGGCAGACGUAUGACUAAGCUAUACCUUUUGUUUUU